CUGAUUAGACUUAUACACAGGAAGAAAUUGGUUCUUUCAGAUCCUGAACAGCAACCGAAACUAAUAAUCUUUUCAGCAAGUUCGGCUGACGUUAAGGAAAUACCACGUGAAAUAAACACGUCAGCCAUACGAGGCAUUUCUCUGCUUUGUGAUUGCAUCCGAAAAGAUCCGACAGGAAAUACUUGGCACUCUUGCACUUACCGUUUUGGAUGUAGACCUGGAAGACGCUCUACAACUGAUCAACUUUGUGCCUCUGGAAACGAUGACUUAUAUAUUCUUGUCCUGCACAAAAGCCUCCUUUGGUACCAGAAGAGACUGAAGAUUGCAUUUUUGGUAAAACUAUCCAAUGGCAGUUUAUCCAUGUUCUUCCUCCCCCCAUCUUUAUGUUACCAAUUGCCACUGGGCGGUGAUGGUGAGGCUGGCACAUCACGUAGAAAGAUGACAGCCUCCACCAUGAUGAAUCAGGGUUGCGUUUACAGUGCAAAGGCACUGCCUGUGACCGCUAUGGCUUCCGAUGCAAGACUUACUAGGGCAGCCUGCAAAUUGUGGAGUAGUUUAGCCGACUCCCUAAGACGCAAUGAACAGUUAGCUCAGUUUGUGGCUUUGAAUGAUGCCCCCAAUGAAUUGAAUCUUUUUCUGCUCAAAAGGACUCCCAAAUUUCAACUCGUCUUAGAGAUGACAGCAUUCUCCGAGACCACCGUUCUUUCUCCCUACUCCUUCCCCUCGGGUUCCCUGAUUGCGGAGCGAAUCCUGGCCAGCAAUCAAGACAUUCAAAAUGACAACGAAGAUCGUCGACUUUCGACCGUCUUUGUAGUCUUGGUGGAGUCGGCUCACUGUCAGGACGCGGUGUGCUUGGUGUUCUGCAGUACUGACGCUGUCACACCUCUGACUCUCCUUAUCAGCUCUGAUCAUCUUUACCCCUGGGUUACCCUUGCCUACGGUCACCAUUGGUCCUAUCGAGUUCGGGUCUCCAUUUUUGGAGCUAUUGUUGAUCAUGUAAAGUAUACUAAAUCAGCAUGCAGUUCAGCAACAGAGUUUGACUAUCGAUAUAAUGCCACCAUGACCGCCGAACCAGGUUGGAGAAAGGGUGUUAUUGUGCACAAACGGAUUACAGUCCUUAACCUUUUGUUCGGUUGGUAA